CCCGGCCCCAGGGCACCGGCUUGGCAUGGAGAACCGGGCGUCCUCCGGGCCAGAGGGGGCGCCGGGCGCCCGGGCGCAGCUGGCCGUCGUCUGCCUGGUGAAUCUGUUUCUCACUGGGAGGCUCAGCAGCGCUGUUCCUGCCUUAGCUGCCUGCAGCGGGAAGCUGGAGCAGCACACGGAACGGCGAGGCGUCAUCUACAGCCCGGCCUGGCCUCUCAACUACCCGCCAGGCACCAACUGCAGCUGGUACAUCCAGGGUGACCGUGGGGACAUGAUCACCAUCAGUUUCCGCAACUUUGAUGUGGAGGAGUCCCACCAGUGCUCCCUGGAUUGGCUCCUGCUGGGCCCCGCAGCUCCCCCUCGCCAGGAGGCCUUCCGGCUCUGCGGCUCGGCCAUCCCGCCCGCUUUCAUCUCGGCCCGCGACCACGUCUGGAUCUUCUUCCACUCGGAUGCCUCCAGCUCUGGCCAGGCCCAGGGCUUCCGCCUCUCCUACAUCCGAGGCAAGCUGGGCCAGGUGUCCUGCCAGACGGACGAGUUCCGCUGUGACAACGGCAAGUGCCUGCCGGGCCCGUGGCAGUGCAACGCCAUGGAUGAGUGUGGAGACGGCUCGGACGAGGGCAACUGCUCGGCCCCGGCCUCCGAGCCGCCCGGUAGCCUGUGCCCCGGGGGCACCUUCCCUUGCAGUGGGGCGCGCUCCACCCGCUGCCUGCCGGCCGAGCGGCGCUGUGACGGCACGCAGGACUGCGGCGACGGCUCGGACGAGGCGGGGUGCCCCGACCUGGCAUGUGGCCGGAGGCUGGGCAGCUUCUACGGCUCCUUCGCCUCCCCGGACCUGUUCGGCGCCGCCCGCGGGCCGUCGGACCUGCACUGCACGUGGCUUGUGGACACGCAGGACCCGCGGCGCGUGCUGCUGCAGCUGGAGCUGCGGCUGGGCUACGACGACUACGUGCAGGUGUUCGAGGGCCUGGGCGAGCGCGGGGACCGGCUGCUGCAGACGCUCUCCUACCGCAGCAACCACAGGCCCGUGAGCCUGGAGGCCGCGCAGGGCCGCCUCACGGUGGCCUACCAUGCCCGCGCCCGCAGUGCCGGGCACGGCUUCAACGCCACCUACCAGGUGAAGGGCUACUGCCUCCCGUGGGAGCAGCCCUGCGGGAGCCGCAGCGACGGGGGCACUGAGGACCAGGGCUGCUUCUCCGAGCCGCAGCGCUGUGACGGCUGGUGGCACUGUGCCAGUGGCCGGGACGAGCAGGGCUGCCCAGCCUGCCCACCGGACCAGUACCCCUGCGAGGGUGGCAGCGGCCUGUGCUACGCACCUGGCGACCGCUGCAACAACCAGAAGAGCUGCCCCGACGGUGCCGACGAGAAGAACUGCUUCUCCUGCCAGCCGGGCACCUUCCACUGUGGCACCAACCUGUGCAUCUUUGAGACGUGGCGCUGUGACGGCCAGGAGGACUGCCAGGACGGCAGCGACGAGCACGGCUGCCUGGCCGCGGUGCCCCGCAAGGUCAUCACGGCCGCCCUCAUCGGCAGCCUGGUGUGCGGGCUGCUGCUCGUCAUCGCCCUGGGCUGCGCCUUCAAGCUCUACUCGCUGCGCACGCAGGAGUACAGGGCCUUCGAGACCCAGAUGACACGCCUGGAGGCCGAGUUCGUGCGGCGGGAGGCACCCCCAUCCUACGGGCAGCUCAUCGCGCAGGGCCUCAUCCCGCCCGUGGAGGACUUCCCCGUCUACAGUGCGUCCCAGGCCUCGGUGCUGCAGAACCUUCGCACGGCCAUGCGGCGGCAGAUGCGCCGGCACGCUUCCCGCCGGGGCCCGUCUCGCCGCAGGCUCGGCCGCCUCUGGAACCGGCUCUUUCACCGGCCGCGGGCACCUCGAGGCCAGAUCCCGCUGCUGACAGCUGCACGCGCCUCACAGACUGUACUGGGUGAUGGACUCCUCCAGCCAGCAUCUGGGGCUCCCCCGGAUCCCCCAGGAUCCCAUACAGACACAGACAACCCCAGGGCUACUGCGGAUGGGCCUCCCAGUGGUCCUGGUCAUGCGUCAGAAGUGGGGCCUUCAGCGCUGCCCCCGUCGUCAGGCCUGCAAGACCCAGAGUACAGGCCGACGGACAAGGACAGAAAGGCCUGUAGGGACCCUCUGGAGGAUAGCUCAGCCCCUGUGGACACACCUCCUGAUCCCUGCUUGGCCCAGGAACCCCAGGCUUGCACUGCCAGUAGCACCCAGGAUCCCCACUCACCAGAGCCACUGGGGGUCUGCAGAAGCCCCCCACCACAUAGUUCCCCAACAUUGGAGGCCAGUGAUGAUGAGGCUCUGCUCGUCUGCUGACCCACCGGACGCUGGUGACUGCCACAGCCCCGCUUUGUAACCAGGGAAUACACAGUCAUUUCUA